AUGGCAAGAUCCCUAAACGUGGAGCCCAAUAGCUUUACCGAUCAAGUAGGAAAGCGACCAACUUUAUUCAAAAGGUUCAAUUUCUAUCCGCCGUGUUCGACACCACAUCUUGUUCUUGGACUCAAAGAACACUCCGAUGGCACAGCUAUCACCGUUCUUCUACUCGACAAACAAGUUGAAGGCCUCGAAUUGCGAAAAGAUGAUCAGUGGUAUAGAGUCCCUGUUCCUGCCGUUGCUGAUUCUCUUCUCAUCAUCAUUGGGGAACAAGCCGAAAUCAUGAGUAAUGGAAUCUUCAAGAGCCUUAUUCAUCGGGCGGUGACGAAUUCAGAGAGACAGAGGAUUUCAGUGGUGUCUUUCUGCUGCCCAGAAAAAGAUAUAGAGAUCAAGCCAAUCGAGGGGCUGAUCGACGAGAAGAGACCGAGAUUGUUCAGAAGUACGAAGAACUAUUUGCAAACAUAUUUCCAGAACUACCAAAAGGGAGAGAGAUCAGUAGAUGGAUUGAGGAUUUAG